CACGUCCACCACACCAGGAAGUCAGAGUCGGGUACGUACGCGCUCUAUUUUUGUCUGUUGUUGAAGAACACAUAAUAGAUAAUUCAACCUCAUAAACUGACAUUUAGAAGUUAAGACUAUCCAGAAUGAGAAGGCAGUAGAAUAAGACUGCUUGUCUGGACCUGUGACAGACGAAGUUGAACGCAUUUGUCUCUUCAGUUUAAAACUUUCAUGCACUGAUCUUGCAAACAAAGAUAGCCUAUGCUGCGCAAAGAAAGUAUCGAGUAGGCCUAUAGUAGCUUUAUUUGUUAUAUCACCCCCUAUAUGGAACCUCAUCAGCCCUUGAAUAGUUGCAUACGAAACGUAAACAUGUUACUUUGUGUCAGUUUGGAUUGGAACGUUACAAUGUUAGUCUGCACCUGCGCGUUCUUAUGGAAGAUGUGUCGACUGUCAAGCUUUGUACUUUUAUGGCGCCUUCCUGUGUGGUAGUAGGGGUGGUAGUCUACACUGAAGCUUACCCUUCCACCUGUUAGACAAAUACAAUGAUUAGUUUUUCCUGAGGAUCAUUUCAAGUCUAGACACCAGACGUCAAAUCACUUACUCAAACGCGAUAGCCUACAGUUGUCCACAUCUGUAGUGUAGCCUACAGCAGGCCAGGCAACAAUUCAUUUGAGACUCAUAUUUACAUUUACAUUUUAGUCAUUUAGCAGACGCUCUUAUCCAGAGCGACUUACAGUUAGUGAGUGCAUACAUAAUUUUAUUUUUUUCAUACUGGCCCCCCGUGGGAAUCGAACCCACAACCCUGGCGUUGCAAACGCCAUGCUCUACCAACUGAGCUACAUCCCUGCCGGCCAUUCCCUCCCCUACCCUGGACGACGCUGGGCCAAUUGUGCGCCGGAAUCUUCCCUAUGUGCUCUGGCAGUAAACUAACAUGAAUAUGGCAUGGAAUUACUAAUAUUUAUGCAGAUGUUUUCGUUUCGACAGCGUGGACCCAGAUGUUACUAAAAUGAAGAGGAAAAGCAAAGUACUGAAUGAUGAAAAAUUCACCAAGAAACGUAGAUUGGAAGCGGUUACAAAGGAAGAAGAUGGCAGAGAGGAUCAUGGGACAUUGUUUAACGACCACUCCACCUCUCCCUCGGUCAGUGCCUCGAAUCAAUUAUCUGAUCGAUUGAUUGAUUUUUAAUGGCUUACAUUUUUCUUCUAUUUUUGUUGUCCUUUUUUUUUUAGGGUUUGGGAGAUAUUGGAGUCAUCGAAAGCAUCACCAUAAAGAAUUUCAUGUGUCACCAUUUGCUUGGUCCAUUCCAGUUUGGGCCCAAUGUGAACUUCAUUGUUGGCAACAAUGGAAGUAAGAAAGAUUUUUAAACUGAUACUUUGUAUUGGCUAAAGGACUCACCAUAGACAUGUUUUCGAUGCCUUACCUUAACAUUCUAACCCAUCUCCAACAGUCAUUAUAACUGAAUUUGAACACUGAAUUGAAUUUACAGUUUUCCCUGUCUAUAAUUUCCUGGGAGGGAAAAUGGCUUAGUUGCUAUUCAUGAGUGGGACCUAUUUCUGCUAUGUUGUGCUUGGGAUUUUCACCUGAUUUUGUUUUGCAGGUGGGAAAAGUGCCAUUCUGACUGCCCUAAUAGUGGGCCUUGGUGGAAAGGCCACCAUCACUAACAGAGGAGCAUCUUUGAAGGGUUUUGUGAAAAAUGGUGAAAGGUUAGUUAUAGUACUUAUAGUAUAUUGACUCCCAUUCCAUAUCUCUUUGUUUUAUGGACAUUGUACAUUUUCAUUACCGCUGAGUUUGUAGAUAGUUAUUUUGAAGGUUCUACUUGUAAUGAUUGUGAUAUGGGCAAUUCCAAGGUAACGGAAUUACGCGGAGACUUUUCACUUUAAAAUGUAUGCCAAACAAAAAAUACAAUGAUUUCAAAGUUUAACAAACCGUACAACUCUAUGCACAAUGACUGCUUUGAACAAUUUAGAAUGUAAAAAUAAAAAAAUGUGCAGAUGCACAAAGUUUGGUAACAGAAUUACGGUAAAAUCUCCUUCAGUUUUUAUUCUGUUAUCAAACUUUGUAUCUGCACAGUUCUUCCUGUAAAUGUUUUUGUAAAAAUGUAUGUGGAAAUUGUUUUAAAGUAGUUAUUGUGCAUAGAGUUCUAUGGUUUGUUAAAUUGAAAUCAAUGUUUUUUGUUUGGUAUACAUUUUAACGUGAAAGAUCUGUAAUUCCGUUUACAUGGAAUUGCCAUAUGUGGUUGUUAUCUGCGUUAGUGUUUGUAAGUCGCUCUGAGCCUCUCCUAAAUGUCAGAAAUAUAUAAAUGUAAAGAAGAGACCAAUACAAUGUCCAUGUGGGUCAACUUGUUUCCAGCACAGCGGAUGUUACAGUGAAACUGAGGAACAGAGGACCAGACGCGUACAAAGGGGAUGUCUAUGGAGAAUGCAUUUCUAUUGAACAGAGGAUAUCUAGUGAUGGUGUUCGGACGUGCAGGUUGAAGAGUAAAUCAGGUAAUAGUUUAAAUCUUUCUGGCCGCCGGGUCUGUCUGGCCGCCGGGUCUGUCUGGCCGCCGGGUCUGUCUGGCCGCCGGGUCUGUCUGGCCGCCGGGUCUGUCUGGCCGCCGGGUCUGUCUGGCCGCCGGGUCUGUCUGGCCGCCGGGUCUGUCUGGCCGUCGGGUCUUAUCUGACUAUUCUCUUUAUCUCUUCUCUAUUUUUAAUUGACCUUUACCCUCUAUUCCAGGGCACUUGGUUUCAAAUAAAAAGGAUGAAUUGACUGCAAUUUUAGAUCACUUCAACAUUCAGGUAUUGUGUGUGUUAAAUUGAAAGUGAAUGAUGUUAUUUAUUUGUAAUAAUGUCCAUACUUUAAAAGCCUAUUUUUACUGUUUACUGUAAAUCACAGGUGGAUAACCCAGUCUCAAUUCUUAACCAAGAAAUGAGUAAGCAAUUUCUCCAUUCAAAAAGCGAAGCAGAUAAGUAUAAGGUACAGUUGUAAUUUAAGCUCUUUGUCCUUGUCUUGUCUACGUGUUGGUGGUGCUUGUUUUUUCAUCCAUUUUUAUCCUUUAUGCAAUUCUAAUUCUGUGUGUACUUCAUAAUGCGCAACCAAAGUUCCUUCUGGGGAAAAUUUAUAUAAUUCUAUUCUAUUUCUGUAGUUCUUCAUGAAAGCGACUCUACUGGAUCAGAUGAAGAGAGACUACAUCCACAUCAAGCAGACUAAAGCAGUUACCAGAGAACAGGUUGAGAGGCAAGAGGAGGUAAUGCUAUCCCAUGGAAAUUAUAUUUUAUGGGGGCCCAAAAAUAAAUGUACAACAUUUUUAAAGUGCAUUUCAUACAUGGUCACACAUACACUUAACGAAAAAGUAUAUUAUUUUUAAAUCAGAUAAAAAAGGAUAACAAUGUGACACUACAUAUGUACAGGUUUGUUAAAGGUUUUCAAUUUAAAUUACACUGAACAAAAAUAUGAACGCAACAAUUUAAAAUAUUUUAAUGUGUUACAGUUCAUAUAAGGAAAUCAGUCAAUUGAAAUAAUAAAUUAGGCCCUAAUCUAUGGAUUUCACAUGAGUGGGAAUACAGAUAUGCAUCUGUUGGUCACAGAUACCUUAAAAAAAAAAAGUAGGGGUGUGGAUCAGAAACCAGUCAGUAUCUGGUGUGACCACCAUUUGCCUCAUGCAGCGGGACACAUUUCCUUCGCAUAGAGUUGAUCAGGCUGUUGAUUGUGGCCUGUGGAAUGUGGUCCCACUCCUUCAAUGGCUGUGCUAAGUUGAUGUUUAUUGGUGGGAACUGAAACACGCUGUCGUACAUGUCGAUUCAGAGCAUCCCAAACAUGCUCAAUGGGUGACAUGUCUGGUGAGUAUGCAGGCCAUGGAAGAACUGGGACAUCUUCAGCUUCCACUAGUUGUGUACAGAUCCUUGUGACUUGGGGCCAUGCAUUAUCAUGCUGAAACAUGAGGUGAUGGCGGCGGAUGAAUGGCACGACAAUGGGCCUCAGGAUCUCGUCACGAUAUCUCUGUGCAUUCAAAUUGCCAUCAUAAAAAUGCAAUUGUGUAGAUUGUCUGCCCAUACCAUAACGCCACCACCACCAUGGGGCACUUUGUUCACAAUGUUAAAUUCAGCAAACCGCUCACUCAAACAACGCCAUACACGCUGUUUGCCAUCUGCCUGGUACAGUUGAAACCGGGAUUCAUCCGUGAAGAGCACACUUCUCCAGUGUGCCAGUGGCCAUCGAAGGUGAGCAUUUGCCGACGCCGCACUGCCGUCAGGUCAAGACCCUUGUGAGGUCGACGAGCACGCAGAUGCGCUUCCCUGAGACGGUUUCUGACAGAAGUGUGCAGAAAUUAUUCGGUUGUGCUAACCCACAGUCUCAUCAACUGGCCAGGUGGCUGGUCUCAGACGAUCCCGCAGGUGAAGAAGCCGGAUGUGGAGGUCCUGGGCUGGCGUGGUUACACGUGGUCUACGGUUGUGAGGCCGGUUGGACGUAUUGCCAAAUUCUCAAAAAUGAAGUUGGAGGCCGCUUAUGGUAGAGAAAUGAACAUCCAAUUCUCUGGUAACAGCUCUGGUGGACAUUCCUGCAAUCAGCAUACCAAUUCCACGCUCCCUCAAAACAUGAGACAUCUGUGGCAUUGUUGUGUGACAAAACGUAACAUUUUAGAGUGGCCUUUUAUUGUCCCUAGCACAAGGUGCACCUGUGUAAUGAUUUUUGUGGAAAUUCUUACACAGGGACACUCGAAAUCAAUCUUAAAUUAAUCAUAAUUUAUUUGUCAGCGUGCUGGAGAGGUUCCAACCAACUCAAUACACCAUAGUACACGUCUGUCAGAAGCUCCCUGGGGCCGUCCCAGCAGUUGUCUUAUAUACGGCUAUACACAGACAUGUUAUAUUUGCAUGAUUUUGCAUAGUUAAUUAAUCAUUACAGUUUUGUUUCAUCCAUGUGGCUGACCAAUACUGGUUUAUAAUAUGUGACAUACCAAUACCUCACGAGGCUUCUUCUCUCUAUGCUGAGACCUUAAAACUGAGAGAUAUUUCUCCCCAUGUUCUCAAAACAAGGUCUGGGCGUACUGCCAAAUUGCAGAUACUGAUAAGUGAGGAUUCGUCCGAUCAGUCACUUGCAUGAACACAGACAUUGGUUAUUAGAACAGCACAUGAAUAGAAUAAAGAAAUGUAUAGAAUAGAAAAGCACCAACAUUAACAUUUCCAUCACAUGAUCAUGCUGUUUUUAAUCAGCUUCUUGAUAUGCUGCACCUUUCAGGUGGAUGGAUUAUCUUGGCAAAGGAGAAAUGCUCCCUAACAGGGAUGUUAGGGAGCAUUUUAGAGAAAUAAGCUUUCUGGGCAUAUGGAAAAUGUCUGGGAUCUUUUAUUUCAGCUCAUGAAGCAUGGCACCAACACUUUACGUGUUGCAUUUAUGUUUUUGUUUAGUAUAUAAAUAGGACAGGAAGUUAGGCUCUAACCAUGUUUUAUCAUUUGCUUUCAGUGUCUAAAGGAUCUCAAGCAGGAGUUUUUGCAGAAGAAGGAGAGGUAUGAAAACCUGUCAUCUGUUGGUGAGAUGAAGGAGACUCUGGAGGAUCUCAAGAAGAUGAUGGCAUGGUGCUUGGUAGGACUUUCCUUGGUUGUUGCUCAUGGUUGGUGAUUCACCAUUUUUUUUGUUUAGUUUGGGCAAAGUCAAAGCCAUUAAAAGGUGUUGGAAAUUCUUAGAAAAACUGCAUAGUUUAGGUCACGUCACCUCUGUUUUAUUACUUUCAGGUGAGAGAAAAGGAGAGGUUGGUCCAACAGCUACAGGAACAGAUAGACGCAGAGGAAAGUAAUCACAAACAUGAAGAAAACCUUCAACUCUGUCAGGUAUUUGUGAAGUAUAUUUGUACAAGUACACUACAUGACCAAAAAUAUGUGGACACCUGCUCGUCAAACAUCUCAUUCCAAAAUCAUGUGCAUUAAUAUGGAGUUGGUCCCCCCCUUUUGCUGCUAUAACAGCCUCCACUCUUCUGAGAAGGCUUUCCACUAGAUGUCGGAACAUUGCUGCGGGGACUUGCUUCCAUUCAGCCAGAGCAUUAGUGAGGUCGGGCACUGAUGUCGGGCGAUUAGGCCUGGCUCGCAGGCGUUACAAUUCAUCCCAAAGGCGUUCACUGUGGUUGAGGUCAGGGCUCUGUGCAGGCCAGUCAAGUUCUUCCACACCGAUCUCGACAAGCCAUUUCUGUAUGGACCUCGCUUUGUGCAGUGGGGCAUUGUCAUGCUGAAACAGGAAAGGGCCUUCCCCAAACUAUUGCCACAAAGUUUGAAGCACAGAAUCGUCUAGAAUGUAAUUGUAUUCUGUAGCAUUAAAGAUUUCCCUUCACUGGAACCAAGGGGCCUAGCCCCUAACCAAAGCUUUACAGUUGGCACUAUGCAUUGGGGUAGGUAGCGUUCUCCUGGCAUGCGCCAAACCCAGAUUUGUCAGUCGGACUGCCAGAUGGUGAAGCAUGAUUCAUCACUCCAGAGAACGCGUUUCCACUGCUCCAGAGUCGAAUGACGGCGAGAUUUACACCACUCCAGCCGACGCUUAGCAUUGUGCAUCGUGAUCUUAGGCUUGUGUGCGGAAGCUCGGCCAUGGAAACCCGUUUCAUGAAGCUCCCGACGAACAGUUAUUGUGCUGACGUUGCUUCCAGAGGCAGUUUGGAACUCUUUAGUGAGUGUUGCAACCGAGGACAAAUGAUUUUUAUCAAAUAAAAUAAAAUUUUAUUGGUCACAUACACAUAUUUAGCAGAUGUUAUUGCGGGUGUAGCGAAAUGCUUGUUCCUAGCUCGAACAGUACAGUAGUAUAUACGCGCCUCAGCCCUCAGCAGUCCCGUUCUGUGAGCUUGUGUGGCCUACCACUUCCGUUGUUGCUCCUAGACGUUUCCACUUCACAAUAACAGCACUUACAGUUGACCGGGACAGCUCUAGCUGGGCAGACAUUUGACAAACUGACUUGUUGGGAAGGUGUCAUCCUAUAAUGGUGCCACAUUGAAAGUCACUGAGCUCUUCAGUAAGGCCAUUUUACUACCAAUGUUUGUCUAUGGAGAUUGCAUGGCGGUGUGCUUAAUUAUAUGUCAGCAACACGUGUGGCUGAAAUACCCGAAUCCACUAAUUUGAAGGGGUGUCCACAUACUUUUGUGUGUGUGUAUAUAUAAUGUAUGUUGUCAGGUUGUUAUCAAGGUUCAUUUAAGAUGUGAGUGUGUCAGUUGGAUCUGUUGAGAAAUCCAUAGGAGAAAAUAACUCUUAUGAUUUUCUUAGAAAUCCUGCCUGUGUUAUAUCUUAAAGGUCCAAUGCAGCCUUUUUUUUCACAAUAUCAAAUCAUAUCUGGGUAACAUUUAAGUACCUUGCUGUGAAUGUAAAAAAAAAAAAAAAAAAAGAAAAGCUGCUUAGCUAAAAUACAUUUCCCAAGCACAAAUUUUGCUAGGACUGUCUGGGAGUGGGGAGGGGAAAACUGAAAUGUAACUCUUAUUGGCAGAGGUUUGGAACUCUUUCUUAUUGGUCUAUUAAAUAUUACCGCAUGGUGAUGUCACCAUGGAAGGCCAAAACUCCCUCCCAUCAAAACAGGCUGAAAUUUCAGAUGGACUUUUCAAACAGUUCUUACACUAAAAGGGCAUAUCAUUAUUUUCACAAUUUCACAGUGUUAUUCCAACCUGAUAGUGUGGAAAUGUAUAUAAAACACAGGAAAAUCACGUUUUUGACUGCACGGGGCCUUUAAAGUUUUCCUUUCUUUUCUCUCCAGAAUAAAGUGACAGUAGCUGAAAAGAAAUUGCAGGACAUCCAGAGCAGGCUUGAUAGUCGGAAAGAAGAGGAGGAGUCCCUGUCAGAGGACUGUCGGAAGAUUAAGGAAGAAGUAAAGUCGAAGAACAAAGCUCAGAAAGAGCAGGAGGUAAGGGGCUGGGUUGGGGUCAAUCCUAUUCCAGGAAGUAAAUUGAGGCUUACGGCCCAAAUGGCACCCUAUUCCCUAUGUAGUACACUACUUUUGACCAGGGUCAAUAGGGCUCUGUUCAAAAGUAGUGCACUUUAUAGGGAAUAGGGUGCUGUUUGGGACGAACCUGAAAUGUAAAUUUUCCUCGCCAAUACCCUUGCAUACUGAUACUUUUUCUGCAUGAGUUUGCAGCACUUUGAAAUGUAACACCAUUGUCUGAGCUGUAUUGUCUGAGCUGUAUUGUCUGAGCUGUAUUGUCUGAGCUGUAUUGUCUGAGCUGUAUUGUCUGAGCUGUAUUGUCUGAGCUGUAUUGUAUGCUGUUGUAUUGUAGGUGGUGUACUUCCGAGCUGUGAACAAACUGAAGCAGUCGGAGAAGGAACAGUCUCUUCUUCGUGAGAGAAUUCACAAAGUGAAAAAUAUGUGAGAUUUUUGAGUGAUAGUUGGGCAUUCAGCAUUAGUCAAUGUUUGGUAGAAUAUACUGUGAAAUAAUUAACUGCCAGUGUUGAGGAGUAGGUAUUUAACUACGUUUUGCAGUAGCUAGAUGGUAGUUAAACAAAUUUCAAAUCUAGGUAGUGUUUUCAGUAGUUAAUAACUUAUUUGCCAUGUAGUGGUGGUGUAGCUAACCACUGGAACUUUCUUCUAAAAAUAACCGAAAAUAUGGUAGGCAUCACAUCUUCCGAAUUCUGACUUGAAACAGUAAUCUGUGCUUUCAGUUUGUGGUCUGACAUUUCAGAUGUAGAUACCAGAAUUUAUCACCAAGUAGUUUGGAUGUAGUGAACUGCUUUUUCAAAGUAACUUAAGUAAACUAUAUUUUUCUUAAGAGUAGCUUUAGCGUAGCUUAACUUCUUCCAGUGUGAAGUAAUUGGUUGCUACGUAAACUGUUUUACAUUCGGCUUUUGUCGAAAUGAUCUUUUGAUGUAACCCUGUAGUGGGAGUCAGAACAAGAAGGCUGAGACGGAGCACACAAAGAGACUGCAGAAAAUCUCCAGUCUGAGGACACAGCUGGAGAAGCAUGAGACGCAGUGCACCGCUCUGAAUCAGGAGAUCAAGGACAGGCAACAGGCUCUGUUCAAAGGGAAGGAGGAGCUGGACAAACUACGGUAAUGGAAAAACGAUGUAGCUCAGUUGGUAGAGCAUGGCGUUUGCAACGCCAGGGUUGUGGGUUCGAAUCCCACGGGGGGCCAGUAUGAAAAUGUAUGCACUCACUAACUGUAAGUCGCUCUGGAUAAGAGCGUCUGCUAAAUGACUAAAAUGUAUUUUCUUUCUCAUCCAAGAAUGUAGUCUUAUCAUAUUGUACAGCCACAGUAUGAUAAGAUUAGAUAAAAACCUGUUAUUUUUAAAUGAUUAAGUCCGAUGCAUUCCGUUUGCAUUCUUCUACAGUAUGAAACAAGUACUACAACAUACCUACAGACCAUUAGCAAUUUUAGACGUUAAGACCAAAGGGCCAUGGUUCCGGUCUAGAAGCACUGUUUCGACUGCUCCUACAGUUUUUCUUCGGUACUGCAGUUUAACUGACGCCCAGCCCAGAAUGACAAUUUCCAUAUACCGGCCACAUAGAGAAGUCAGAUAAUACAAUUCCUAAUAAGACACUUUAGUCAUCAACUUUGUGCACAAAACCUCCAUGAAUUAUUCAAAUAAUUGUCGCUGAAGCCUUUUUUUUUUUUAAAUCAAUUUUUGCCGAAGAUAUUAAACAUUUUAUAUUCAUCCAAUGUCUGCCAUGUUUUUGGAUGACGUCGUCGCUGCACCCUGUGCACACUGAGUGCUAGUGCGCAUGUGAUGUUGGUGCGCAUAAACCAGAUACAACCCGUAUAUGGACGGUCCAUGAAUCGGCGUAUGCCAACGUGAGUAGAUUACCUUGGAAACAACGGUCGGACAUCUUGGACGCAGUCUCCAGUUCUUAUUAUACCUCAUUGGUUGAGACUGAGAAGCUUAGUGUUGGAGUAGGGUGUGGCCCGAGGUGACUCACUUAUAGGCCUCAGCAAAGUGAUCACCACCACUUUCUGCAUCAACUGUGACUGACGUGGAAUGUUUGUAUCAAAUGCAUCCCAUUUGCGCUCACAUUCUUCUUUAGUACGAGUACUCAAACUUCUCUAAUGCUGAUGUAUUGAUUGAAUGCACUAGGUUGGAAGAGAAGAAUAUCCAGGUGUUGAUGGAAGCCAAACUGAAGAGGAAGAACCAGCUCCUGGCCAGUAGAUCCAACAAACUGAAGCGCUUUGGAGAUAACAUGCCUGACCUGCUAGACACCAUAGACAAGGCUUACAUCCAAGGACGCUUUACCAAGAAACCUCUUGGCCCUAUAGGUCAGUGGUUCUCAAGCUUCUUUGGUUGAUGUAGGCCAAUCAUAUAGUGGUCUGCCCGAAUGGCAUGGUCAUGUGCAACAGAUCUUUAGGUCCAUGUUCUUAUGAGUCUUCAUAAAUACCCCCUGUGGGGAAACCUCAGAAAGAUGUUUUUAACAUUUAAUUAAUCUGUUUGUUCAUUUUUUUUUUUUUUUUGUCCAUUCAUCCACCCAUCUGCCUACCUACCCACCCAUCCAUCCAUCCAUGUUUUCCCCUCAGGGGCAUGUAUCAACCUGAAGGACCCAGCGUUAGCUAUAGCAGUGGAGAGCUGCUUGAGGAGCUUCAUGAAGACCUUCUGCUGUGACAACUACAAGGACGAGGCUGUCCUCCAGGACCUGAUGUCACGUUACUUCUCUAAAGGCAACAGGCCCCAGAUCAUCGUAAGCCCCUUCUCUGGCUCCGUCUACAAGGUUCAAGGACGGUGAGACACAUUGGCUCCAUCUGAAAUUGCAACACAUUCCCUACAUGGCUCUUGUCAAAAAGUAGCGCACUAUGUAGGGAAUAGGGUGCAAUUUGGGACACAUUUAGUUACAGAUAUUAUUAGAGUGAAACUGUGUGGACUGAUGAAUAACAAGUCUCAUUGUUACCAAAUUGUUUUAUAUGUACAUAACAAACUGUGUCUACACUUUUUGUCUUUUUGUCAGUAAAGCUAUUUUAUUUUAUUUUUUUGUGUGUUUCAGAGGAGUCAAUCACCCAGACUACCCCUCAGUGCUGGACUCUCUGAGCAUAGCCAACCCAGUCAUCACAAACUGUCUCAUCGAUAUGAGAGGCAUAGAAUCGAUUCUCAUAAUCAAGGUUAGUUUCUUCCCUGAUUUAAGCUCAUAGUUGUGGUCAAAAGUUUUGAGAAUGACACAAGUAUUGGUCUUCACAUAGUUUGCUGCUUCAGUGUUUUUAGAUAUUUUUGUCAGAUGUUACUAUGGUAUACUGAAGUAUAAUUGGAAGCAUUCCAUAAGUGUCAAAGGCUUUUAUUGACAAUUACAUUAAGUUUAUGCAAAUAGUCAAUAUUUGCUGAGAAGCAACCCCACACAUGAAUGGUCUCAGGAUGCUUUACUUUUGGCAUGACACAGGACUGAUGGUAGCACUCACCUUAUCUUCUCCGGACAAGCUUUUUUUCCGGAUGCCCCCAAACAAUCGGAAAGGGGAUUCAUCAGAGAAAAUGACUUUACCCCAGUCCUCAGCAGUCCAAUCCCUGUACCUUUUGCAGAAUAUCAGUCUGUCCCUGAUGUUUUUCCUGGAGAGAAGUGGCUUCUUUGCUGCCCUUCUUGACACCAGGCCAUCCUCCAAAAGUCUUUGCCUCACUGUGCGUGCAGAUGCACUCACACCUGCCUGCUGCCAUUCCUGAGCAAGCUCUGCACUGGUGGUGCCCCGAUCCUGCAGCUGAAUCAACUUUAGGAGACGGUCCUGGCGCUUGCUGGAAUUUCAUGGGCGUCCUGAAGCCUUCUUCACAACAAUUGAACCUCUCUCCUUGAAGUUCUUGAUGAUCCGAUAAAUGGUUGAUUUAGGUGCAAUCUUACUAGCAGCAAUAUCAUUGCCUGUGAAGCACUUUUUGUGCAAAGCAAUGAUGACGGCACAUGUUUCCUUGCAGGUAACCAUGGUUAACAGAGGAAGAACAAUGAUUUCAAGCACCACCCUCCUUUUAAAGCUUCCAGUCUGUUAUUCUAACUCAAUCAGCAUGACAGAGUGAUCUCCAGCCUUGUCCUCGUCAACACUCUCACCUGUGUUAACGAGAUAAUUCCUGACAUGAUGUCAGCUGGUCCUUUUGUGGCAGGGCUGAAAUGCAGUGGAAAUGUUUUUUGGGGAUUAAGUUCAUUUUCAUGGCAAAGAGGGACUUUGCAAUUAAUUGCAAUUCAUCUGAUCACUCUUCAUAACAUUCUGGAGUAUAUGCAAAUUGCCAUCAUAAAAACUGAGGCAGCAGACUUUGUGAAAAUAUUUGUGUCCUUCUCAAAACUUUUGACCACGACUGUACAGUCCAACAAACUGUUUGUUUCGAAGGAGUUUGCAUUGAGGCGUGAUGCUACAAAGGUAAAUUGGAAGAUCUAAAAAUGAUAAUGUCUGUUUCUAACUGUACCAUCAUGGAAUUGAUCAGGCUGUCUUGCAUAGAGUGGGAACAGUAGGUAGCUGAAGUUUGAAGAUGGUUUUAAGUUAGCAGUAGACUUUGCUGUAUGCAGAUGUUUCCCCUUCUUCACUGGAGAGUAGGGAUGUCCCCGGACAAAAACAUCUUGGUCGACCAAGAGUUCUUUCAACCAAUCGACUGGUCGAAAUUUUAAAACUUGUAUUUUUCCAUAUAUAGACACACACUAUAUGUGUUUUGAUCAAAUCAAGUAGGCUACUGUGCUUGUCUGAUGCUUUAAGCACACUGUGAUUUUUAAAUAAUUAAGACACACAAAUGACUCGAGGGACCCAGAGAUCAAAAUAGCCUAACCAGAAGAAACAAAACUCUUCCUGACCCACUGCUGGCCUUCGCAGAUUCUGCUAUUAUGCUGACAAAGUUGCCGGUAAUAGGCUACACCAGGGGUCUGAAACUUUUCUCAUUUGGAGUGCCAAUUUAUCUUACUAUUUCUAACGAUCUGCAUGCCAGUUAGGAUUUUCAUAUGCUCAUUUUCGUGGAACAGUUUAAUUUAUUUUAAUAAUGAAGUCUUCGUAUCUCAAAUCAUUGUCAUGUGAUUAAUACAAACUAUAUCUAACAUUAUACAAAUCUAAAAGUAACUUCUAUUGACAUCCUAUGUAAAAAUAGCCUACAUAAAGCCAACAAAUAAAAACAUUGCAGCCUGCAGGUAGAAAAUAUCCUGAUAAAAAAUAGAUCACAUUGGCUACUCAUGACCUGUCUUCUAGGAACUUGAAACAUUGUAUCAACUAUCAACUUGGUCCAGCCCAAAGCUUGCUCUAACAAACUUGCAACGUUGUAUAAAAUAUUCUGGACCCUCAGUAUCCCAUGCUAGUGAGCUCCGGACAGACUCUGAAAUAUUUGCGCUAGGGAUAAGAAGUAAUCAGGUAGGCCUAUUUUAUGACUUUUCCACCAGAUCAGAGCAUGAUUCUUUAUAAAAAAAAUUUAUGCCGAGUGGUUAUCGGUAAAGGGAGAGAAAUUGAAAUAUUUUUCUAAUAAGCUACGUUGAGGAACUAUUGUCAUUCUCAUUGGAUGUAAAAACAGACUUCGUUCACUUGCUGUUUGAGGUGAAGAAAACAUUUAUUUGAGAAGCUCCACAGCUCAUUAGUGGUGGUGAGUUAAGACUAUCAGAAAUACUAUCAGAUCCCCAAAUUUAUAGCCCUACAUUUGCGGGCAGGCCAGGUAGCCUAGGCCUACAUCUAUGCGUAAUCAUGUCCGUGUCCUUACUCAACAUUGACAGGAGUGCUCCAAACAAAACACAAUGAAUAAAUUGACAACUCAUAAAUGGAAUGAAAAAAAACCACAAUGUUCCUCACAAGUGUAGCCUAGGUCGUGUGCUCUGCAAACAACGUGUCCACUCCGAUAAUGAGAACAGUAAAAGACUAAUAAUAAUAUAUUGAAUGCAUUAACAGAAAUUACGGUAACCAAACAAACGUUGUAGGUUAGAAAUGAUGAGAAUUAAGGGUAUGUGUACUACUGGUGAUACUGGUGUGCCUCCCCCGCGGCCUCAGCAAUGGAUUAUUCCACUGAGACAGGCAUCAAUCAAGACAUGCCAGUAACUGACUAAAACAUCCUUGGUCGACCAACAACCUAUCGACAAAACCGUCGACUAAAUGAGUCAGCCCUACUGGAGAGGAUGAUUAAAGUUCUCAGCUACCAAUGUUUCUCUCCCGGUUGUGAUUGCAGGAGAAGGAUGCAGCCAGGAGGGUGAUGCAACAAGGCCGACCCCCGAGGAACUGCCGUGAGGCCUUCACUGUGGAGGGAGACCAGGUUUACCCCAACCGGUACUACACUCCAGACUUCAGCAUGGCCAAAUACCUCGGGGGAGAUCUGGAAACAGAAAUUCGGCAAGUACCUAUUUUGUUGAUCUGGACUCUAUUUAAGUCAUUUAGAUGUAUUUGGGUUGUUGUAGUGUGCUCUUAUAAAGGACCUUGCUCCGAAACCCAUCAGCACUACAUAUUUGUUUAUUGAUUUUAUUUAACCUUUAUUUAACCAGGAAGUACCAGAUUAAGAUCACUUUAUUGGUCAAUUGCACACGAGGUCCAACGUAAAUCUGACUUCCGCUAUUAACCCAUCCCCUCAGAAAGACAAACACACAAAUAUAUAUAUAUAUAUAUAUAUACAUACAGUGGGGAAAAAAGUAUUUAGUUAGCCACCAAUUGUGCAAGUUCUCCCACUUAAAAAGAUGAGAGGCCUGUAAUUUUCAUCAUAGGUACACAUCAACUAUGACAGACAAAUGGAGAAAAAAAAAUCCAGAAAAUCACAUUGUAGGAUUUUUAAUGAAUUUAUUUGCAAAUGAUGGUGGAAAAUAAGUAUUUGGUCACCUACAAACAAGCAAGAUUUCUGGCUCUCACAGACCUGUAACUUCUUCUUUAAGAGGCUCCUCUGUCCUCCACUCGUUACCUGUAUUAAUGGCACCUGUUUGAACUUGUUAUCAGUAUAAAAGACACCUGUCCACAACCUCAAACAGUCACACUCCAAACUCCACUAUGGCCAAGACCAAAGAGCUGUCAAAGGACACCAGAAACAAAAUUGUAGACCUGCACCAGGCUGGGAAGACUGAAUCUGCAAUAGGUAAGCAGCUUGGUUUGAAGAAAUCAACUGUGGGAGCAAUUAUUAGGAAAUGGAAGACAUACAAGACCACUGAUAAUCUCCCUCGAUCUGGGGCUCCACGCAAGAUCUCACCCUGUGGGGUCAAAAUGAUCACAAGAACGGUGAGCAAAAAUCCCAGAACCACACGGGGGGUACCUAGUGAAUGACCUGCAGAGAGCUGGGACCAAAGUAACAAAGCCUACCAUCAGUAACACACUACGCCGCCAGGGACUCAAAUCCUGCAGUGCCAGACGUGUCCCCCUGCUUAAGCCAGUACAUGUCCAGGCCCGUCUGAAGUUUGCUAGAGUGCAUUUGGAUGAUCCAGAAGAGGAUUGGGAGAAUGUCAUAUGGUCAGAUGAAACCAAAAUAUAACUUUUUGGUAAAAACUCAACUCGUCGUGUUUGGAGGACAAAGAAUGCUGAGUUGCAUCCAAGGAACACCAUACCUACUGUGAAGCAUGGGGUGGAAACAUCAUGCUUUGGGGCUGUUUUUCUGCAAAGGGACCAGGACGACUGAUCCGUGUAAAGGAAAGAAUGAAUGGGGCCAUGUAUCGUGAGAUUUUGAGUGAAAACCUCCUUCCAUCAGCAAGGGCAUUGAAGAUGAAACGUGGCUGGGUCUUUCAGCAUGACAAUGAUCCCAAACACACCGCCCGGGCAACGAAGGAGUGGCUUCGUAAGAAGCAUUUCAAGGUCCUGGAGUGGCCUAGCCAGUCUCCAGAUCUCAACCCCAUAGAAAAUCUUUGGAGGGAGUUGAAAGUCCGUGUUGCCCAGCGACAGCCCCAAAACAUGACCUUCUCCCAUUCCUCCUCUGGAUCAUCCAGAUGGUCAUGCACUGGCUUGAGCAGGGGGACCUUGCGUGCGCUGCAGUAUUUUAAUCCAUGACGGCGUAGUGUGUUACUAAUGGUUUUCUUUGAGACUGUGGUCCCAGCUCUCUUCAGGUCAUUGACCAGGUCCUGCCGUGUAGUUCUGGGCUGAUCCCUCACCUUCCUCAUGAUCAUUGAUGCCCCACAAGGUGAGAUCUUGCAUGGAGCCCCAGACCGAGGGUGAUUGACCGUCAUCUUGAACUUCUACCAUUUUCUAAUAAUUGCGCCAACAGUUGUUGCCUUCUCACCAAGCUGCUUGCCUAUUGUCCUGUUGCCCAUCCCAGCCUUGUGCAGGUCUACAAUUUUAUCCCUGAUGUCCUUACACAGCUCUCUGGUCUUGGCCAUUGUGGAGAGGUUGGAGUCUGUUUGAUUGAGUGUGUGGACAGGUGUCUUUUAUACAGGUAACGAGUUCAAACAGGUGCAGUUAAUACAGGUAAUGAGUGGAGAACAGGAGGGCUUCUUAAAGAAAAACGAACAGGUCUGUGAGAGCCGGAAUUCUUACUGGUUGGUAGGUGAUCAAAUACUUAUGUCAUGCAAUAAAAUGCAAAUUAAUUACUUAAAAAUCAUACAAUGUGAUUUUCUGGAUUUUUGUUUUAGAUUCCGUCUCUCACAGUUGAAGUGUACCUAUGAUAAAAAUUACAGACCUCUACAUGCUUUGUAAGUAGGAAAACCUGCAAAAUCGGCAGUGUAUCAAAUACUUGUUCUCCCCACUGUAUAUUGAAGACACACCCUAUGUGUUUGAAUAAAACCAACUACAUAUGCACUGAGCUUGUCUGAUGCGUUAAGCACACUGUUUGAUUAAAUAAUUAAGACACACAAAGGACUCAAGGAAGAGCCCGAUGGUGACACUGUGUUAUUCACAGCGAGUGCCUGUGUGACUGGUGCAUGUUGUCUUCCUCUCUACUGCAGCCAAAAGACACCACAGCACAGCAAGUGUUUUAUUGCGCUGUGUGUGCUGAAGCUGCAACAUUUCAGCCAUUUGGUUUACUUACUUGAAAAGGUCUGUUACCGUUUAGGAAAAACAUACCCUGAACCCUUGCUCUCUCUUUACGUGAAUCAUGUAAGCAUCACAUUCCUGUGAUCAAUAACAGUUGUUGUUAGAUUACAAUAUUUUUGUUAAAUCCCGACCAUUUGGAAUAGUGUAAACAACAUUAAAUAACGGAAAAAAAGAUGUAUAAAGGCUUUAUUACAGCAGACUAAAAACAGUUUAGCUGUUUAUUAUUUGUUUAGGCUCAUUAUUCAAAGCUCCGUUUGUUAGUUAAUUUUAAAACUAAAAUGCUUGAUUGCAUUUCAAAAGCAUGAAUGUCUCCUAUGCUGUGUGAUGGCAUGAAUUAAUAUUUGAUUGAUGGAGUGUUUGAUACAGUAGCCUAUAUAUUGAAUUAUAGGCCUAAGUAAGUUACGGUAUUAAGACUAAACAGGAUGUGCUCUUAGGCCUACAGCUAGAUGGUGGUUAUACAAGGCUACUCUACAAAGCCUACUAAUGAUAACGACAUUACUUAUUAUUAUAAUGAUCAUAAUAAUAACAAUAAGAAGGAGAUCUAGAGAAAGUAGGGUAUAGGAGCGAGAGCUGUGUGCAUACUAUGUGUGACAAACAGGUGCUGUUAGAUUACAAGAUCGUUUUUCUGCCUGUUUGGAACAGUGUAAACAACACUAAAUACAUUAUAAGUAAUACCAGUCUGUUCUAACGAAAACAAAUUGUAAAACCUUUAUUACAGCAUAGAAAAGAUGGAAAAACAGCAGAAUCUGUGAAAUUGCUUUAUCCGACAUUUUGCCGUUGCAUGAGGCUUCAUGGUCACGGAAUCAGUAGGCUAUUAAACAAACACUCAAACAGACAACAGAAGCAGGAUCUGUCUGUCUUAUAUCUGUAGAUAUCUAUGGAUGAUUUAUAAAGCCAGGCAUAUUUAAAAGUUAGGCUAUUGAUUAUAGACCUAAUUAAGUUGGGGUUUCCUCUCCUCAAUUUUCUUAGACAAUUAGGCUGAGGCAAGGGAUGUUUCCUCGUCUGUGCUGCUGCUGCCUCCGCCACAUUGUUCUCAAUCCCAAUAUACUGGUUAAUUUUGCUAUUAUGCACAUAUAAACAUAGGGAAAGGCGCCAAUUCUACGGUGCACUGAAGAUUAUGUUUCAGAACCGUGGACAGUGACCAUAUACAACGCAGGAGAAAGCGCAUUUGGUAUAAAAUUAUAUUAGAUUUAUUAGUGUUCCACCAUUAUUUUUACAUAAUAUAACCAUAUGCCAUUUCAGUAUCACAUGUCUUAGAGUGAUGGACUGUGCCGUCCUCGUGGCCUCCACAAUGGAUCAGUCCACUGAGACAGGCACCAAUCAGACAGGUGCCUUGGGCACCAUGUAAAAACAAAAACUAAUUGUGACUGCUCGACUAAAGACAUUUCGUUCAAACAACAGCCUAUCGACCAAACAAUCGACCAGUCGACUAAAUGGGGUCAGCCCUAAUAUAUACAUAUACAGGGUCAGGAGAGUUAUGGGGGGCUGCCACACUGGGUGCCCGGGGAACAGUUGUUUUCAGGUGGUUAAGUGCCUUGCUCAAGGGCACAAUAGCAGGCAAUGGCAUCACGGAUUUGAUACCAGCGACCUUCCGGUUGCCAGCUCACUUUCCACCCCCAGAUUUUUCAAGCGGACCCGGAAUUCGAACUGGCAACCCUCCGGUUGCUGGCUCGCCUCUUAAACCUGCCCCCUUCAUCCCAUGAGAUGAUACUGUCCUUCAGCAUUGUAUUGAUUUGUAGUUUUAUUGUUCUUUGUCAUUGCUCAGCAUGGUGGAGUCAGAGCUGGAGAACUACAAGGCCCAGCUCUCCCGGUUUCAGCUUCACCUGAGCUCAGUCAAUGAGGACAUCCAGCGCAUGGAGGCCAAACUACACAGCACAAUCAUGACUCUGAAAAAGACUCUGGUAAUGUGUUGAACUGUGUUAUAAUGUGUCUGUCCCUGCUGUGUUUUCUUCCCGAAUUGUUCAUUUGAAUAGGGACAUAUGCAACUAAAACAUUGACACAUUGAACAGUCUGAUGCAUUGUACCAUCACUACUCUGAAAAAGACUGGUGGUGUUGUGGCCGUAAGCAUGCUCAUCACAAGUGUAAUGCAAUGCAAGCUGUAGAUGAAUCUGAAAGAUAUUGACAAAUGUCCUGUAUAUUAAUGCAGGGUGCGAUCUGUUGUUGAGCAUGUUACACCUCUAUGUAACGUAGGACAUGAAUGCUGUUUAACAGUCUACCUGUAUAUUUGAAUGCAGGCCACAGUGAAUCAGGUCAAGGCCGGUGUGACAGAGCUGGAGAAUGUUGAGGAGGAACAGACUGAUGACAUCAACACUUUGGUAAAAUAUAUAACUUUAUUUAUCCAUGAUUUCCCGUAGAGAUGAUCGAUGACUGAUGUUGGUUUGUUUGAUUUUUGAAGUGUUAAACGUUUAAAUUAAAUGCACAGUGUUAACUUCAUCAAAUGCUACAGGAAGAAGUGGCUCAAGAGAACCAGCAGAGAAUCGACGCUGAGAAGAAAACUGUGGAGGAAGCAAAGCAGGAGUUGGUGGAGCGUGAGAAAAAUACCAAGGACGUUGAUUGCCAGUAUGUUGACGUGAGGAACAGGAUAGAACAGCUGGCUGAAGAGACAGAGCCACUGAAGGUAAACAAACAUGUUUGGAGUGCCUGAUGCUGUAAAUAUGAAAGCAGUUAAUAAAAUAUGCCACUUGGCAGACACUUUUAUCCAAAACAACUUACAGUAGAGGGGGUUUGGUACAAUGACUACAUGUUUUGUAUGUGAUCCCUGUGGGAAUUGAACCCGUGACCUUGCAUGGCAUUGCCGCUACCAUCCUCUUACCAACUGAGGCACACGAUACCUGGCUGAUCAUUACAAAAACAGCAAUAAAAUACAAAUGUUCUUGCUUUUAUAGUUUAAAUGGUCCUUAAUGAAAUGGGAGUUAUCUGAUACACAUUAAACUGUUUGUGAUGACGUUGUGCUUUGUGUGUUCUUGUUGUGUUCUUGACUUACCAGGAGGAACAGGGAAAGGCUGAGGUACAGUGCAGUAAAUUGGAUCGAAGCCUGAAGAUCUUCGAGAAGAAACUCAAGGAUCAUCAGGACAACAUACAGGCUAUGAGAAGUGAUCUGGCUCUGAAAGAAGAGGUGGUCACGGUAAGCGAUAAUGUUUGUCCCAAUGUUAGAAUCAACCCUAGUGCUGAGCGAUUAACCGUAAUUUUUUUUUGUUUGUUUGUUUUUAAACAACUAAUUAACCGACGUCGGUUCAAUUAUUUGAAUUCCAUUUAGUAUAUAUAUUUUUUCUGUGAGCUCAAUGCACACAUUGCACAGUUACUCUUGAGAUAAAUCAGAUCCAGCUGAAUUGUGCGAUGUAGUAGGGAGUUGUAGUUUCCAACAGUCCAAUAUUCUACAUAGUUUAGUACAUAAAACCUGGUAAUUAACUACAAUGACCAUAAUCCAUUGCGCAUCUACUUGUCUGGUCUGUUUAUUUUAUGCCUGCAAUGGAUGAGGCAGAAGUAUGCGUGAUCGUAAGGGGAUAUAGAGAGCAGCUGUUGCUUCGUGAGGUUUCUCUACCUGAAAAUACUUGAUCUAAGUGAUUGAUAGUUGAUAUUCAGCAGUCAUAAAAGUAUGCCUUAUUUACUUUGAAGAACUACAAAAUAGUGAUUUGUCAGAGAGGAUAAGCAGCAGCUCUAUAGAGAUGAUGACUUGGAAUGAAAUAAGUCAUCAAAUGUAGCCUAAUGUACACAACAACUGAAAUAUUUUAUUAAAUUAAUGUGAAUAAAUGAUGGUUAAUAAGUGAUAAGUGAUAAAUGUAAUUAUUAUAAUAAAACAUUUUUAUUUAACCUUUUAUUUAACUAGGCAAGUCAGUUAAGAACAAAUUCUUAUUUACAAUGACGGCCUGCCCCGGCCAAACCCUCCCCUAACCCGGACGACGCUGGGCCAGUUGUGCGCCGCCCUAUGGGACUCCCGAUCACGGCCGGUUGUGAUACAGCCCGGGAUCGGACGCCUCUAGCACUGCGAUGCAGUGUCUUAGACCGCUGCGCCACUCAGGAUCCCCUAAAAAUGGCAGUUGUUAAUCUGUUGUUUAUAAACUGUUGACAGGAAUUUGUGGCCAAAGCCAAAGAGAUCAGCCCAGAGCGCCAACACAUAGAUCGCAGCGCCAGGAGUAUUGAUGUGGAGAUCACGAGGUUACGGAGGAACAUCAGCGUUCAGGAGAGUAGCCAUGGAGACCAUGAGCAGGUGGUCAGGUAGGGUACUGCAUGAGUACAUAUCCAAAUGGCAUGGAUAUUUCAUAAAACAUUGCUCAUUUAACUGUCUGUCGUCUUGUAAUGUUUAAUCUCUCGUGGACAGACUAGGUAAAAACACCAAAUUACACAUUAUUUUUAGUUCUGAGUUAACUGAGAUGAUGUGAUGUUAGAAGACAAGAAUUGUGUGUACAUUUCUGCCUGCUCCCACAUGCUGUACCUACUGUGUCAAGGCAUUGAAACUUGUACUGUACAUUCCAUUUAGUAUAUAUCUUUGUCUCCUCACCAGAGAGUAUGCAGAGGCCCUUGCUAACUACAGGGACAAAUCCAACCAAGUGAGAGAUCUGAAGAAGUUCAUAGAUCGUCUUGACAACAUCAUGUCCGACAGGCAGACCCGGUACAAAAUAAUGCGCAGGUAAUUCCCGAUCAUUUUACGCAUUUCAUUAAGGACAAUCCCACCUUGAAAAUGCUCAUGACUGUUGUUAUUUAUUUAAACCGUUCGAAACCCCAAAAAUAAUACUCUAUGGCUGGUUUCCCAGAUACAGAUUAAGACUAACCCUGUACAAAUGGAUGAUCUCCAUUGAGCAUGCUUUUUAGCCCACGACUGGCCCUUUUAGUCCACAACUCGCUCUAUGAAUACAGAUUUUUCGAAUACUGUAUAUUUAAUUUAAUAUUCCCCCACUCUUUAUUUUUAUGUACCUAGGUCCCUCUCUGUGAGAUGCAAGUUGUACUUUAAUAAUUUCCUGAUAAAGAUGAAUUGCUGUGGGUCCAUGAUGUUUGAUCACAACAGUGAGACACUCUCCAUCUCGGUAUGUGUGCUAAUCCUCAUAGUUUUCAAAUGGCCUCCGUAGCUUUUUACAUUUAAAAAAGAAUCUGUAUUCGUCAGAAUCAAUUUGACAAAUAUAUAUAUUUUUAAUCAUAAUUGUUCAGUUCAUUUAUUUAGCCUUUUACAGGAAUGUGUCUGGCAUUCAAGAGGACUGAGUUUAAGACAACAUUAAACCGUCAGUAUUUACAGACAACAGGACAUGCAUGACAACAACCACAUGAAACAGAUGGCGCUAGUCACUCCGCCUCGGUUUGUCCUGUUGUCUGUCCUCUCUGUAACCUCCUGGGCUUGUGUGUACAGGUGAAGCCGCCAGGCCGCGAGAACGACAGUAUGAGUGACAUGCGCUCUCUGUCUGGAGGAGAGAGAUCCUUCUCUACAGUGUGUUUCAUCCUCUCCCUCUGGGAGAUCACGGAGUCCCCCUUCAGGUGCCUGGACGAGUUUGACGUCUACAUGGUAAGACAGGCCUAUAAGCAUGCUUGUUAUUUACACAGCUGGAUUCACAUAGUUUCUAAAAUAGUAUUUAAUCAAAGUUCAAGUUACUAACGCUCUUCUCCAAGACCUUAGUUUGAGCUGACGAGAAAUUUUGAAAUCCUUGAAGUUUACAACUUCUAUGACUAAUUUAAAGGCCCAAUGCAGCCAUUUUUAUAUCAGUAUGAAAUCAUUUCUGGGUAACCACUAAGUACCUUACUGUAAUACACUGAACCAAAAUCUAAAUGCAACAUGCAAAAAUUUGAAAAGAUUUUACUGCGUUACGGUUCAUAUAAGGAAAUCAGUCAAUUGAAAUGAAUUCAUUAGGCCCUAAUCCGAUUUCACAUGACAGGGAAUACAGAUAUGCAUCUGUUGGUCACAGAUACCUUAAAAAAAAAAAAAAAGUUACGGACGUGGAUCAGAAAACCAGUCAGUAUCUGGUGGAUCCACCAUUUGUUUCAUGCAGCGUGACACAUCUCCUUCGCAUAGUGUUGAUCAGGUUGUUGAUUGUGGAAUGUUGUCCCAAUCCUCUUCAAUGGCUGCGCCAUCUGCCCGGUACAGUUGAAGCUGGGAUUCAUCCGUGAAGAGCACUCUUCUCCAGCAUGCCAGUGGCCAUCGAAGGUGAACAUUUGCCCAUUGAAGCCAGUUACGACACUGAGCAGCAGUCAGGUCAAGACCCUGGUGAGGACGACGAGCACGCAGAUCAGCUUCCCUGAGACUGUUUCUGACAGUUUGUGCAGAAAUUAUUUGGUUGUACAAACCCACAGUUUCAUCAGCUGUCAUCGUGGCUGGUCUCAGACGAUCCCACAGGUGAAGAAGCCGGAUGUGGAGUUCCUGGGCUGGCGUGGAUACAUGUGGUCUGCAGUUGUGAGGCCGGUUGGUCGUACUGCCAAAUGCUCUAAAACGACGUUGGAGGUGGCUUAGAAAUUCUAUGGCAACAGUUCUGGUGGGCAUUCCUGCAGUCAGCAUGCCAAAUUUGUUUACAUCCCUGUUAGUGAGCAUUUCUUCUUUGCCAAGAUAAUCCAUCUACAUGACAGGUGUGGCAUAUCAAGAAGCUGAUUAAACAGCAUGGUCAUUGCACGAGUGCACCUUGUGCUGGGAACAAUAAAAUGCCAUUCUAAAAUGUGCAGUUUUGUCGCACAACACAAUGCCACAGAUGUCUCAACUUUUGAGGGAGCGUGCAAUUGGCAAGCUCACUGAAGGAAUGACCACCAGAGCUGUUGCCAGAGAAUUCAAUGUUAAUUUCUCUUUCAUAAGCUGCCUCCAACGUUGUUUUAGAGAAUUUGGCAGUAUGUCCAACCAACCGCAGACCAUGUCUAUGGCGUUGUGUGGGCAAGCGGUUUGCUGAUGUCAACGUUGUGAACAGAGUGCCACAUAGGGUUAUGGUAUGCGCAGGCAUAAGCUACGGACAACAAGCACAAUUGCAUUUUAUUGAUAACAAUUUCAAUGCACAAAAAUACCGUGCAGUGGGGGAAAAAAGUAUUUAGUCAGCCACCAAUUGUGCAAGUUCUCCCACUUAAAAAGAUGAGAGGCCUGUAAAUUUCAUCAUAGGUACACGUCAACUAUGACAGACAAAAUGAGAAAAAAAAUCCAGAAAAUCACAUUGUAGGAUUUUUUAUGAAUUUAUUUGCAAAUUAUGGUGGAAAAUAAGUAUUUGGUCAAUAACAAAAGUUUCUCAAUACUUUGUUAUAUACCCUUUGUUGGCAAUGACACAGGUCAAAUGUUUUCUGUAAGUCUUCACAAGGUUUUCACACACUGUUGCUGGUAUUUUGGCCCAUUCCUCCAUGCAGAUCUCCUCUAGAGCAGUAAUGUUUUGGGGCUGUCGCUGGGCAACACGGACUUUCAACUCCCUCCAAAUAUUUUCUAUGGGGUUGAGAUCUGGAGACUGGCUAGGCCACUCCAGGACCUUGAAAUGCUUCUUACGAAGCCACUCCUUCAUUGCCCGGGUGGUGUGUUUGGGAUCAUUGUCAUGCUGAAAGACCCAGCCACGUUUCAUCUUCAAUGCCCUUGCUGAUGGAAGGAGGUUUUCACUCAAAAUCUCACGAUACAUGGCCCCAUUCAUUCUUUCCUUUACACGGAUCAGUCGUCCUGGUCCCUUUGCAGAAAAACAGCCCCAAAGCAUGAUGUUUCCACCCACAUGCUUCACAGUAUGUAUGGUGUUCUUUGGAUGCAACUCAGCAUUCUUUGUCCUCCAAACACGACGAGUUGAGUUUUUACCAAAAAGUUCUAUUUUGGUUUCAUCUGACCAUAUGACAUUCUCCCAAUCCUCUUCUGGAUCAUCCAAAUGCACUCUAGCAAACUUCAGACGGGCCUGGACAUGUACUGGCUUAAGCAGGGGGACACGUCUGGCACUGCAGGAUUUGAGUCCCUGGCGGCGUAGUGUGUUACUGAUGGUAGGCUUUGUUACUUUGGUCCCAGCUCUCUGCAGGUCAUUCACUAGGUCCCCCCGUGUGGUUCUGGGAUUUUUGCUCACCGUUCUUAUGAUCAUUUUGACCCCACGGGGUGAGCUCUUGCGUGGAGCCCCAGAUCGAGGGAGAUUAUCAGUGGUCUUGUAUGUCUUCCAUUUCCUAAUAAUUGCUCCCACAGUUGAUUUCUUCAAACCAAGCUGCUUACCUAUUGCAGAUUCAGUCUUCCCAGCCUGGUGCAGGUCUACAAUUUUGUUUCUGGUGUCCUUUUGACAGCUCUUUGGUCUUGGCCAUAGUGGAGUUUGGAGUGUGACUGUUUGAGGUUGUGGACAGGUGUCUUUUUAUACUGAUAACAAGUUCAAACAGGUGCCAUUAAUAAAGGUAACGAGUGGAGGACAAAGGAGCCUCUUAAAGAAGAAGUUACAGGUCUGUGAGAGCCAGAAAUCUUGCUUGUUUGUAGGUGACCAAAUACUUAUUUUCCACCAUAAUUUGCAAAUAAAUUCAUAAAAAAUCCUACAAUGUGAUUUUCUGGAAAAAAAUUCUCAAUUUGUCUGUCAUAGUUGACGUGUACCUAUGAUGAAAAUUACAGGCCUCUCAUCUUUUUAAGUGGGAGAACUUGCACAAUUGGUGGCUGACUAAAUACUUUUUUCCCCCACUGUACAUUUACAUGACCAAAAGUAUGUGAACACCUGCUCGUCGAACGUCUCAUUCCAAAAUCAUGGGCAAUAAUUUGGAGUUGGUCCCCAUUUUGCUGCUAUAACGGCCUCCACUCUUCUGGGAAGGCUUUCCACUAGAUGUUGGAACAUUGCUGCGAAUAAUUGCUUCCAUUCAGCCACAAGAGCAUUAGUGAGGUCGGGCACUGAUGUUGGGCGAUUAGGCCUGGCUCGUAGUCUGCGUUCCAAUUCAUCCCAAAGGUGUUCGAUGGGGUUGAGGUCAGGGCUCUGUGUAGGCCAGUCAUGUUCUUCCACAUCGAUCACGACUAACCAUUUCUGUAUGGACCUCGCUUUGUGCAGUUGGGGGCAUUGUCAUGCAGAAACAGGAAAGGGCCUUCCCCAAACUGUUGCCACAAAGUUGGAAGCACAGAAUCCUCUAGAAGGUCAUUGUAUGCUGUAGCGUUAAGAUUUCCCUUCACUGGAACUGAGGCCUAGCCCGACCCAUGAAAAACAGCACCAGAACAUUAUUCCUCCUCCACCAAACUUUACAGUUGGCACUAUGCAUUGGGGCAGGUAGCGUUCUCCUGGCAUGCGCCAAACCCAUAUUUGUCGGUCGGACUGCCAGAUGGUGAAGCUUGAUUCUUCACUCCAGGGAACACUGCUCCAGAGUCCAAUGGUGGUGAGCUUUACACCACUCCAGCCGACGCUUGGCAUUGCGCAUGGUGAUUUUAGGCUUGUGUGUGGCUGCUCGGCCAUGGAAACCCAUUUCAUGAAGCUCCUGACAAACAGUUAUUGUGCUGACGUUGCUUCCAGAGGCAGUUUGGAACUCGGUAGUGAGACAAUUCUUUUCAGCGGUCCCGUUCUGUGAGCUUGUGUGGCCAACCACUUCACAACUUAGCUGUUGCUCCUAGACGUUUCCACUUCACAAUAACAGCGCUUACAGUUGACCGGGGCAGCUCUAGCAGGGCAGACAUUUUACAAACUGACUUGUUGGAAAGGUGGCAUCCUAUGAUGGUGCCAUGUUGAAAGUCACUGAGCUCUUCAGUAAGGCCAUUCUACUGCCAAUGUUUGUCUAUGGAGAUUGCAUGGCUGUGUGCUCAAUUUUAUACACCUGUCAACAACGCGUGUGGCUGAAAUAGCCGAAUCCACUAAUUUGAAGGGGUGUCCACAUACUUUUGUGUAUAUAUAGUGUAUCUGUGACCAACAGAUGUGUAUCUGUAUUCCCAGUUAUGGCCUAAUGAAUUGAUUUCAAUUGCCUGAUUUCCUCAUAUGAACUGUAACUCAGUAAAAUCUUUGUAAUUGUUGCAUUCAUAUUUUUGUUCAGUAUAUUUUAUUUGUUGUUUUUGUUUCCUGUUUUGAACCCAGGAAGAGUAGCUAAUUGGGGAUCUCAACAAAAUAGUAAAAUAGUAAGCAUUAAUAUUGUCUCCAAUUUGUUUUCCAAAGGACAUGCACAAUCGUCGUAUCUCAUUGGAUCUCCUCCUGGAGCUGUCAGAACGGCAGCACCUUCGUCAGUUCUUCUUCAUCACCCCCCUGUCUACCAGGUAGGAGGAAAUAGGAGGCGGACAUUGUACAUGUGUAUAUUGCCUCCCAUUAUUGAUGUUACGCAGAACAUUAAAGAUGUGUUGUUGGUGUUUCUCGCAAACUUUGUCUUUAAGCAAUUUGCCAAAAAGUGACCACAUCAAGAUCCAUCAGCUGCAGGAUCCAGAGAGGGCAGGAAGACGUACAGAAGAUGAAGACCUGGGGUAGCUGAUAGAUGGCAGGGUUGUGGUCAAUUCAGUAAGUAAACCAAAUUCCAAUUUGUACAUUCUGAAUUUACUGGAAUUGAAAUGGAGUUGACCCCAACCCUGAUAGAUGGUGGAUUAGGCAAUCGUCAUGCCUAAAAAAUUAGAAACAGCGCGGGAAUUUUAAACACAUUCUAGUAAUUUUUCUAGGAGUGAAUACGUAAGCCUCUCUGGGAGACUUAAGACUCUGCUUUACUGUUGUGCGCCAUGCAGAUGGAUGAAUUAUGAAGAAUUUCCCUUAUUAUACAGUAUGUAGGUCUGUAUAUUUACAUAGUGGCUGUGUGGAUCAUCUUUGUUGUAUUAUCAACAGUCACAUAUCUCUAAGCAUAUCUCACGUUCUACAUAUUAAAGCUGCAAUAUGUAACUU